GCCGCAGUAGAAGGAGCGGAGCUCUGGCCCGGCGCGGAGUGAACGCGUACGGGGACGCUGGGCCGGGGCACCGGGCUGUGUUGAGAAGCUAGCGCGCUGGCUUGGCCUCCGCCCACAUCACCCCGAGCCAUAAGACGGCAAGCUCCUGAGGUCCGCCCCGAGGCCGCCGCCCUCCACGCCGGCCCACGACCCCGGGUCGUCGUUUUGCAGUCAGCUCACCGCUCCCGAACCUCCCGUGUCCACGCCCUGCUGUCCCCUUUUCCCUGCCCAGCGGCCGGGUCUGUGGUGGAAGCAGCCUGAACAAGAUUACUCAAGGUGAAGGACAAUAAUCUACUAGUACCAGCACUUUGAAUGAAAAUUUGUGUGUCUGCCACAAACUGAACACUUUUUUAUUUUUGUGGGGGAGUUGAAACACAAAUCUAACUUUGUGGCAAAGCAGCUAUGCAGCUUGAAAUCCAAGUAGCACUCAAUUUUAUUAUUUCAUAUUUGUACAAUAAGCUUCCCAGGAGACGUGUCAACAUUUUUGGUGAAGAGCUUGAAAGACUUCUUAAGAAGAAAUAUGAAGGGCACUGGUAUCCUGAAAAGCCAUACAAAGGAUCAGGGUUUAGGUGUAUACACAUAGGGGAGAAAGUAGACCCAGUGAUUGAACAAGCAUCCAAAGAGAGCGGUUUGGACAUUGAUGAUGUUCGUGGCAACCUACCACAGGAUCUUAGUGUUUGGAUCGACCCAUUUGAAGUUUCCUACCAAAUUGGUGAGAAGGGACCAGUGAAGGUGCUUUAUGUGGAUGAUAAUAAUGAAAACGGAUGUGAGUUGGAUAAGGAGAUCAAAAACAGCUUUAACCCAGAGGCCCAGGUUUUUAUGCCCAUAAGUGACCCAGCCUCAUCAGUGUCCAGCUCUCCGUCGCCUCCCUUUGGUCACUCUGCUGCUGUAAGCCCUACCUUCAUGCCCCGAUCCACUCAGCCUUUAACCUUUACCACUGCCACUUUUGCUGCCACCAAGUUCGGCUCUACCAAAAUGAAGAAUAGCGGUCGUAGCAGCAAGGUUGCACGCACUUCUCCCAUCAACCUCGGCUUGAAUGUGAAUGACCUCUUGAAGCAGAAAGCCAUUUCUUCCUCAAUGCACUCUCUGUAUGGGCUUGGCCUGGGGAGCCAGCAGCAGCUGCAACCACAGCAGCCGGCCCAGCCGCCGCCACCGCCACCACCGCAGCAGCAGCAGCAGCAGAAAAAAACGUCUGCUCUUUCUCCUAAUGCCAAGGAAUUUAUUUUUCCUAAUAUGCAGGGUCAAGGUAGUAGUACCAAUGGAAUGUUCCCAGGUGACAGCCCCCUUAACCUCAGUCCUCUCCAGUACAGUAAUGCCUUUGAUGUGUUUGCGGCCUAUGGAGGCCUCAACGAGAAGUCUUUUGUAGAUGGCUUGAAUUUUAGUUUAAAUAACAUGCAGUAUUCUAACCAGCAAUUCCAGCCUGUUAUGGCUAACUAAAAAAAAAUGUAAGAGUUAAAAUGCACGGGCCCAAGGGGAUUUUUUUUCACCCCCUUGAGAUUUUUUUUUUUUUUUAAGCUUAUAAUAGUAAGGAUACAUUGAAGCUUGGUUACAAAAAUAAAACAUGCAUCAUUUUUCAUUUGCCAACCAAGCACAAAGUUAUUUUAUACUGACUGUAUAUUUUAAAGUAUACUAUCAGAUAUGGCCUCUUACAGUAUUUAAGAUAUAGCAAGGACAUGGCUGAUUUUUUUUUUAUAAAAAAUUGGCACUAAUAAGUGGGUUUAUUGGUCUUUUCUAAUUGUAUAAUUUAAUUUAGUACAAAGUUUGUAAAAUAUCAGAGGAUAUAUAUAUUGUUUCUACGACAUGGUAUUGCAUUUAUAUCUUUUUACUACAGUGAUCUGUGACAGCAGCAGCUUCAUGUUGUAUUUUUUUUACUGAAAUUGUAAAAUAUCCAUCUUAAAGACAUCAACUAUUCUAAAAAUUGUGUACAGGAUAUUCCUUUAGUGGUGGAAUUAAAAUGUACGAAUAUUUGCUUUUUCAAAAAAAUGUAUUUUCUGUUAAAGGUUUAAAGAUUUUUGCUAUAUAUUAUGGAGGAAAUGUAAUCGUAAAUAUUAAUUUUGUACCUAUAUUGUGCAAUACUUGAAAAAAACGGUAUAAAAGUAUUUUGAGUCAGUGUCUUACAUGUUAAGAGGGACUGAAAUAGUUUAUAUUAAGUUUGUAUUAAAAUUCUUUAAAAUUAAAAUUCCUGUUUGUGGUCUUUGUUUUUAAGUUUUUGCUAAAGAUCUACCUCUGCAUUUAUGUUGUGAAUGCUAAUGAUGCAGAAAGGUCUGACUCCAAGAAUGUCACAAAGGAAUAAUGCAAAGCCGUUGCUCUACUAGGAUACCAAAUAUUGGGUUCCACAAUCCUAUCAAACUACAUAGCCUGAUCAGUGCUUGGAACAGUUUUAUUUUUUUAACUCAAGAUUUUUCUAUUAAUGAGGAGGAUGGGAUGUUAAGGCUGGUCAACCUUAUUUUAUAGGGUUUAGAAUGUGUCUUGCUGACAUCUAGGAGUCAGGUGAUAAAAUGAAAUUCACUCAUGUAAUCUGAGAGUUUAUUUGAAAUGUAUACGGAGAGAGACUAUUGGGUCAGUUUUCUGUUUCUGCAAAGGAGAUGAAUAGCCCAGAAAGCUUGCCUAGGACAAAGUAGCUGACAAACUAUUUAAGAAGAGAUUUGGGUCUGUUUACUAAUCCUUACACUUAAAUUCAAUCAUUGUUUGUAGCUGGGGAAUUGAUAAUUUAUUCAAGGUUGGACAGAUUGCUAAACAUUAGCCUUGUGUUUAUUUUCCCAGCAAAAAAAAUAAAAUUUUUAAUUUUGAGAGUAGGUAUCUAAGUUGCUGGUUUGAGGGAGUUAAAAUUGAUUUAUUAUUGAUGUGUCAAGUUGUAGUGGCUUGAUAAGGAUGGAGUUUUUUAAAACUAUGAUAAGGAGUUGAAAGGCAGAGAGACUAUUUUUAAAGUAAAAUUAUGAGUCAUUUCACUGUUUAAAUGUCCACUGAUAUAGUGUUGACUUGGUACUGGUGAGAAAAAUAGUCUUGGAAACAAAAAAAAAAUAACUUUCUCUGUACUUUUAUAGUUAGAAACCAGCUCUGUCUAGGUUACCAAUGAAAUAAGUUUGGUCUUAAAUGAGUUCUUUGGACACCAGGCUACAAAAGCCUUUUGUCACUUACUCAUGCAAUUGAGAGCAAUAAAAAGUUUUAAGGAAACAAGCACUGGAAAUAACAGAGCUAAGCUGUUCCUGCAGCACCAUGGUGAGGCUUUGUCCUUCAGUGGACAGAAUGGGGCUGUGAAGAAGUAUUAGAAUAGUGAGUGGAACUGGCAGAGAUCUGGCCUGCCAACAAGAUCAAUUGUGCUAUUCUGAUUACAAAGUUUGAAUAGCUGUAAGAGAAUAGUAAGGAUAAUGGUUUUAAGCACUAGUUUGUGAGCUACUUUUUGGUGAGGUGAUCAUAGGCUUAACUUGGAAGAAAACUGCCAUUUUAUAAAUGAAAAAAGGCUCGAGUCUACUUACUUUGUUUGCAAAUCAGAAUAUUAAGGCAGCUGGCCAGUGGGUAUACAAUCAAAUUUGCAACAAAAUCUGGAACAUUAAUACGUAUAUUCAGAUUUUAAAUGUUUAGCUUAAUACAAGUAUGAAUAUGUUUCAGAUUAGUAAUAUACAUAUUGGAAAAAAUCUUGGUACAUAUGUUAGUUUAGCACUUGAAAAGGAUUAACUAAAUUUUAUCUUGAUUGGUUUUCAGAAAACUGUUAGUUGAUUUGAGCUUAGUGUCCUUGACAUUAAUUUUUUUUUUUUUAAGUGAACAGAGGCUCUGUUCUCAUGGCCUUUAUGCUCAUUAGGAACAGAAAUUUUUUAAAAGGUGCUUUUGUCCAGCACUUCUUAAAAAAGCUUACAUCUUAGUCCCAAAUCUUUUUCUGCCCACAGUGCCAUCACACUUUUGACUGUGUGGAGACAGUUUUGGCUGACAGCUUGAUGAGUUAAUCUUAAUAGAUCUCUCCCAUCCCUCUGACUCAGGUUAACUGUACAUACUAUAGUAGCCUCUGAAUUCCAAGGACAUUUCCUAUGUUAGUAUCCAAAAUGCUGCCUUGUAAAUUACAUAACUUAUUGAUGAACAAGGAAGAAUAUAUAAGCCAAAAAAGUAGUUUUCUGGGUUUAGUAUAUUCCUUUAUGGCCCAUGCCUUACCUCUUUCAAAAACAGGUAUACUGUUAAAUCUCCUGAAUAGCUUUAACCAAUACAUGACAAAUGUAGGAUUUCUUCAGUCAAAAUGCCUCUUUAACAAUAAGUCUUCCUUUAUUUGCUGCGAUUAUUUAACUACUUAGCCUUCAAAAAUAAAAAUAAAGGUGCCCCUGAGUUUAAAAUGUUUUUCUAAUGUGUGUUGGUGUUCAUUUCAUUCACCUAUAUAGGUGUUUUAAGUAUGGACAUUUUGAUAGCUAAUCAACAAAUCUUCAGGACUUAAAAAUAAGGUACAGUCACAUAUAUAGAAAAUGAAAAUGUGCCUUUUUGAACAUACUUAGGCUAAUUUAAUAAAAUGCUGGUCAUAGACCUUCCUCCACUCCCUCUCCAGACACAAACAAAUACAUAGGCACAGCACAUCAAACACAUCCUUGAUUGACUGUAACAUGCUUUUGUAAGAAGCAGAAUAAUACUACUGCAAGAUCAGAUAAGAGGAAAACAGCCUUAUUAGAAGGCAAAUACCUAAGAUUGUCAUUGCUGAGUAAGACCUGUUAUAUUUAACAUGCCUGUCAGUUGAUGCUUAAUCAGUUUGUCCCAGGAGGUGACUUGAGACCAGAGUUCUUCUGUUUUUGUGGUAUAUUAGGAUAUACUUUAUCCUAUAUACAGUAGUAUAUGCACAUACUCCUAGGAUAUUAUCUUCUUAUUUAAAUGGAUCAAUUUCAUCUGUGUGCAUACAAUUGGAAAAUUGGCACAACUCUUGUGUUUUGUUUUGUUUUGUUUGCUGCCAAGCAUAGUUCUAACCUAGUAUACAGAUGGAGAACUGAGGCACAGAGGGCUUAACUGACUCACCCAAGUUUGCAUAGCCAGUAAGUGGCAGACUUGGGUUUCAAACUCAGUCUGGUUCCAGAGUUCAUGGUCUUAACCACUCUGUUAUGUUGCCUCAGAUUAGUUGCUAUUCUGAUUUGAAGUGUGGAAAAGAAACCAUUUUUGAUGUGUUAGCCACAUGACCUAUAUAAUCUCUACGAAAGCUAGCACUGCCUACAAGAGUGUUAAUGAGAAAAGUCUAGUGGAAGGCUAUUAUAUUACACAUGCUCAGAAGUCAUGGUGAUGCUUUGAUACUUUAUAUUUCCAUUGACUGUAAACUAUAAUCAUAGGCUAUCUAGAAAUAUCUUUAAAAGUCAUUGAGUUCUAUCAAUGCUCUAAUUUUGUUAGUUGUCUUAAUUCAAUCAUAUAAAUUACCUCUCAUUUUAGAACCCCUGGAUGAUUCCCUCAGACUGAAUAAGGACUAUAGAUUUAGUGGCCCCAGUACUUUUAAGUGAAAUUGUGGACAUUAACUCCCUGUGGCUUAUGUGUGCAUAUUGAUAGACAUCUAAGGAAAGGCUGUUACCAAAGUAGUCUUCAACAACGUGUUUAUAGUACCUAUGAUUUGUUUUUGAAUUCCUUUGAAAACUGUAAGACAAAUCUUUGUAAUACAUAAUUUUAAUAUGUAUAGAUAUUGAUAAAUGGUCUUUUUUGCUUUUGUUUUAAAACAUUAAGGAAACCAUGUAACUCGUAUUUCAGACUGAUUCUGAAAGCCAUUCUAGAAAAAUCAAAAUAUAUUUUGGUUUAAAAUAAAAGUGAUCACAUUUUAGAAGUAUAAGCUAUUAUGGACUAACUUACAUUCCCUUUUGUGUUGCUAU